AGGCGUUGAUCGAUCGCGGGACUGACACGGAGCGGGUGCCAUGCGGACAGGGACUUCUGUCUGUCCUUUGGGACUAUGAGAAAGCCAAUGAGUCUUUAAAACAGGGAGGGCUGAAGAUUUGAAUGUGCACUUAGACAAAGACGAAAGCUGAUCUUUUUAUACUUGCAAAGUGAAUAACUUCUACGGUGUAUUGUUUGGUGUAAGUGGUCAGCCAGUUUUAGAUACUGAUUCCUUGAAGAAAUUAGACACCUUAGCACACUCUAAAGAGGCUGUUUCUCCAAUGUCCCAGUGCUCCAGAAGGAGCCCAUGCUAACAGUGCGUGGACUGAACAACACCAUUUCAUUAAGAGCAGUGCCAAACAUGUGAGAAGAUGUCUGUUGGAGGUUGUGCUUGCCCAGGCUGUUCGUCCAAGUCAUUCAAGCUGUACUCCCCAAAGGAGCCCCCCAACGGUAGUGCCUUCCCUCCGUUUCACCCAGGCGCAAUGCUGGAUAGAGAUGUGGGUCCGACACCGAUGUAUCCACCCUCUUACAUGGAGCCUGGAAUAGGGAGGCACACACCGUAUGGAAAUCAAACAGACUACAGAAUAUUUGAGCUCAACAAAAGACUACAGAAUUGGACAGAGCAGGACUGUGACAAUUUGUGGUGGGAUGCGUUCACUACAGAGUUUUUCGAAGAUGAUGCAAUGCUGACGAUCACUUUCUGUCUGGAAGAUGGGCCCAAACGAUAUACUAUUGGUAGGACGUUGAUCCCUCGGUACUUCAGGAGUAUUUUUGAGGGUGGGGCCACUGAACUCUUCUAUGUGCUGAAACAUCCCAAGGAGUCUUUCCACAAUAACUUUGUGUCCCUGGACUGCGAUCAGUGCACCAUGGUUACACAGAACGGCAAACCCAUGUUCACACAGGUGUGUGUGGAGGGCAGACUGUACCUCGAGUUCAUGUUUGAUGACAUGAUGCGUAUAAAGACGUGGCACUUCAGCAUCAGACAGCACAGAGAGGUGGUGCCGAGGAGCAUCCUGGCAAUGCAUGCCCAAGACCCCCAAAUGCUUGACCAGCUAUCAAAAAACAUCACUAGAUGUGGCUUAUCUAACUCUACGCUGAACUACCUCCGACUUUGUGUAAUCCUGGAGCCCAUGCAGGAACUGAUGUCCAGACACAAGACGUACAGUCUCAGCCCACGAGACUGCCUCAAAACCUGUCUGUUUCAGAAAUGGCAGCGGAUGGUGGCCCCACCAGCUGAGCCAGCAAGACAAGCCCCCAACAAGCGAAGGAAACGAAAAAUGUCCGGCGGCAGCACGAUGAGUUCUGGAGGGGGAAACAACAACAACAACAGUAAAAAGAAAAGUCCAGCCAGCAGUUUUGCGCUCUCCAGCCAGGUACCUGAUGUGAUGAUGGUGGGAGAGCCCACUCUGAUGGGAGGGGAGUUCGGGGACGAGGAUGAGCGGCUCAUCACGCGGCUGGAAAACACACAGUUUGAUGCGGCCAAUGGCAUCGACGACGAGGACAGUUUCAACAGUUCCCCCGCCCUGGGCACCAACAGCCCCUGGAACAGCAAAGCUCCCUCCAGCCAGGAGAGCAAAAAUGACAACCCCACCUCACAGUCAUCGCAGUAGAAGUGUUAGGGGCUAGCGAAAGGCUCGCAAGACCCGGUCCUAGACUUCUGCUCAGUUGGCCUCCUCCUCUGUCGCCGUCAGACAUUCCGUUUUUGUUGAUUCUUUUGUUUCUUUGAGAGUCGUUUUGCAACACCGUCAGUUUCUGUGUCUCGGUCAAGCUUAGCGAUCAGGCUGUGGGUUAUUGUUCCAACCUCGGGUCUCUCUGUGCGUGCUGUGCUAUGACACGCAUGGCUGUUUCUGUUGUGCUCACUUGACAGGAAAGGAUCUCUUUUUAUCUGACCGUUUAGUGAUAUGACCAUUGUGUGCACCUCAGACUCAAACCCAAAGCUCCAUUUUUAAAAACUCAAUUAUUUGUUUUGUAGGACCUGGUUGGAACAAAAACCUGUACAGUUCCGGAGCUUGAGGACCGGAGUUGAGAACCACUACGUAAAGUUCUUUAAGUAAAACUAAAUAAAGUGUAAAGCAUCGAGGUUCUUGAGUUUGGUUAUGCCCGGAAUGGUCACUGAGAGCUUGCCUGACCAUUACACCAGACUCAAAAAAAGUGUUUGAUUUUUUUUUUUUUAUUAUUAUUAUUUGUUUGCAUUCUCUUUAGUUUCUUGUUUUUUAUUUUAUUUUUUAUAACGAUUUCUAAAGUGAAAAAAUAAGCAAGCAAACAAAAACUCUAAAUAUCCUUUGCACUCUUGUCACUGUAUUUUGGAUCUAUUUUUCUUAAAAAAGUAUUAUGAUGAAUUUUGUUCUUAUUAAAAAAAAAAUGAUAAUCUUUAACUGGAAAACGCUGUCAAUCUCAAUGUAAAAUAACAAAUUUUGUAUUGUUACUGUUAUCAAUAUUAUUGUAAGUAGAUGCUAACUUGCUUUAGUCUUUACACCUAUUUGUCUUUCUUUCUGUUUUAAUCAUCUUUGAAAAUGAGAUUACAUGAUCAUAGCAUGUAUGUCUGGGAACUGCAUGUGUCAGACAUUAGCUAUCGCAGCUGUAACAGUCUCAUUGUUCGCAGGAUCUACAUCCUACAAUGUUAGUACAAUGGCCGGUGGCACAUUUUGUCCCAAGACUGUUGCUAUAAACAUUGUUUCAUGGAGAUUUUUAGCCUAUAUUGAAAAGAACAGGCUGAGCCCAAUGCCUGUCGUACACACUGAUCAUUAGUUUGCUUUGAACGUGUAGGGAAAACAUCAAAUUAGUAUCCCAGCUAUUGUUUUUUCUUAACCGAUGCUACAGACCAAGGAGCAAGAUCCUUUAAUCAACACAUUUAUAUAAUGUUUUUUCAUCAUUUUGUUUGUGUAUUUGUGAUUGUAUAUUUAAGAUAGUAGCCAAGUUCUGUAUAAGUGUAAUUCUAUUUACUCUUCUUAGGACCCCUGUGCCCUUCACCCCUUCAUAUGUCAAAAGUAAAACUGAACCUCUCAUUUCAUAUUGUUUCUAGAUGCAUUUUAGGUACAACUACCUUUUACAUGAGAAGGUAGAUUAUAGUUUUAAAGUAGAUGUACAAUGUUUUUUUUUUUUUUUAAGUCCUUGCCAUUGCAUUAUAUUGAGACGAUACAUGUUGCUCUGUAUUUGAUGUUGCCUUUGUACAUUAUUUCACUUGUUUUUUUUUUUUUUUUUCCUUAACCUAAAAUGAUAUAUUAGUCCUUGAAUGAAUCCUUAAGAAUUCUUAUUUAAAUUUGUAUAAUUAAACAUCAUCCAGGUCAAUGAUUCCAAGAAGCCCCUUUGAGGUUACAUUGUAUUAGGUUUUAAAAUACCAGAGGGCACUCCAUUGCAGGGCUUCUGCUGACUUAUAAAAACGGCUGAAGACUAAAUUAUGGUUAAAUAUAACCAUUCUAAGGCAUACAAAUCUGAAAUAAAUUUUUCUUCAAUGUCACUUGUGAAAUACAGUGGUGUUUCUGGUUUAUUUCUCAAAUCGGCCAUAAAGCGGGCGUGCUCUUCUGUUUUCAGAGCAUCUUUGUUUUACAGAUAUAUUUUUGUCUUGUGUCUGCCAUUGACAGUUGAUAUAUGGUACCAAUAAAACUCAUUUUCACAAGC